AUGGCUCCCAAGGUCGGUAUCAACGGCUUCGGUCGUAUCGGACGUAUCGUCUUCCGUAACGCCAUCAACCACGGCGAGGUUGACGUCGUUGCUGUCAACGACCCCUUCAUCGAGACCCACUAUGCUGCCUACAUGCUCAAGUACGACAGCACCCACGGCCAGUUCAAGGGCACCAUCGAGACCUACGAGGAGGGUCUGAUUGUCAACGGCAAGAAGAUCCGCUUCUUCGCUGAGCGUGACCCCGCUGCCAUCCCCUGGGGCACCACCGGCGCUGACUACAUCGUCGAGUCCACUGGUGUCUUCACCACCCAGGAGAAGGCCGCCGCUCACUUGAAGGGUGGUGCCAAGAAGGUCGUCAUCUCUGCUCCUUCCGCUGAUGCCCCCAUGUUCGUCAUGGGUGUCAACAACACCUCCUACACCAAGGACAUCAACGUCCUCUCCAACGCUUCUUGCACCACCAACUGCCUUGCUCCCCUCGCCAAGGUCAUCAACGACAAGUUCGGCAUCGUUGAGGGUCUCAUGACCACCGUCCACUCCUACACCGCUACCCAGAAGGUCGUCGAUGCCCCCUCCAGCAAGGACUGGCGUGGUGGCCGUACUGCGGCCCAGAACAUCAUCCCCUCUUCCACCGGUGCUGCCAAGGCUGUCGGCAAGGUCAUCCCUACCCUUAACGGCAAGCUCACCGGUAUGGCCAUGCGUGUCCCCACCUCCAACGUCUCCGUUGUCGACUUGACCUGCCGCCUCGAGAAGGCCACCAGCUACGACGAGAUCAAGAAGGCCCUCAAGGACGCUUCCGAGAACGAGCUCAAGGGCAUCCUCGGCUACACUGAGGACGACAUCGUCUCCUCCGACCUGAACGGUGACGACCACUCCUCCAUCUUCGAUGCCAAGGCCGGUAUCGCCCUUAACUCCAACUUCGUCAAGCUCGUCUCCUGGUACGACAACGAGUGGGGUUACUCCCGCCGUGUCGUCGACCUCAUUGCCUACAUCUCCAAGGUUGAUGCCCAGUAG